AACUUAUUGGCCAGCGCCGUGGGGCCACAGUCCAGCGGCCUCCGAGGGCUGUGUCAGACAGCCCCGCCGCCAUGGCGUCCUAUUUCGAUGAGCACGACUGCGAGCCGCUGGAUUCCGAGCAGGAGGCCCGAACCAGUAUGUUGCUGGAGCUCGCAAGGUCACUUUUCAAUAGGAUGGACUUUGAAGACUUGGGGUUGGUAGUAGAUUGGGAUCAUCAUCUGCCUCCACCUGCUGCCAAGGCUGUGGUUGAGAACCUUCCCAGGACAGUCAUCAGGAGCUCUCAGGCUGAGCUCAAGUGCCCCGUGUGUCUUUUGGAAUUUGAGGAGGAGGAGACUGCCAUUGAGAUGCCUUGCCGUCACCUCUUCCAUUCCAACUGCAUUCUACCCUGGCUAAGCAAGACAAAUUCCUGCCCCCUGUGCCGCCAUGAGCUGCCCACUGAUGAUGACGCUUAUGAGGAGCACAGACGAGAUAAGGCUCGCAAGCAGCAGCAAAAGCACCGGCUUGAGAACCUCCACGGAGCCAUGUACACAUGAGGUGCCUGGGGUUGAGCACUCGUCCUCCACAAUAUCUUCCUCCUGCACCUUGAAUCCUCAUUAAAGAUUUCUUUACCCACCCUGCACUGCAUUGCUCACAGGCCUGGGCAGGGGUUCUGUAUCCUCCAUGAGGUCCCUACUGUGGUUGGGGGAACCACAGAAAGUACCGGGCUACAUGUCCCUUCCUGCCAAGCCUACUGGCCUGAGAGCAGUGGAACCCAGGUCAAGAACCUGGCCACUGGAGCAGCCAGUGACUGGGCCUAGGUGUUCAUCGUUGGAAAGCAAAAUGUGUCAGGGUCUGGCAUCCAAUAGCUACUUACGGAUGGUAAACAAAAUCUAGCCUCUGUCUCUCUCCCCUGCAAUUUUUAGUCAACCUUGGAAUCCCACGGGCUUUUUUUCAUUGUGAAAACCGUUUCUAGCAUUUCAAAGUUGCUCUCUGGAUGACCUCCUUCCCCCGCCCCCAUAUCCCUUACUAGAGAAGCAAACUUCACAUGGAAUUGGGGAAGGAUCAGGUCAGUUCUUUAGACUGUUUUAACGCCUAGAAAGGGUUUCAAGCUCUUGAAGGAUAUUUGGAUAGCACCAGGCAUCCUUUAUUCUUGGCAGCCCUGCUUUCAAAGAGCAGUGGGCACUCUCCCUGAGGGCAGGGGAUUCCUCCCACCCUUUGCCUAGGGAAAGCUGACCUGGGUCAGGCCCUCUCCUGAUUGUUUAGAACAGACUACAAACAUGCAAAUUAGAAUUCUUUUAAUAGAUUAAAAAAAAAAGUAUUAAAAUA